GAACGCCGGACAGCGGCCGCCCUGGACAGCCGGACAGGCGCUCGGCUGCGUCUCCGAGCCCAUUUCUCUCCCUUUCCCGCCGCUACAGUGUGGCGCAUACCUGCGGACCUUUUUUUGUUAUGGUGUCCCCCCGCGGGUCGCGGCGCGUCGCCGGCCGCGCUCGCAUACACCGUGUUGACGCGACUCGGGACGCACGCACGUAGUUCGCGCGGUCGCGGCGCUCGCGCGUAAACAUUCACGACUACAAUGAGAUCUUUGAUGUAACGCGCGCGAUACAUCCUCUCCGAACAUGAAGUGCAUCGUGAUAGUGGCUUUUACCGUGACCCUAGUGACCGGAGUCGCCGCCGAGGCCUCCGUGCGGACAUGUGAACCUAUUAAAGUGGCGAUGUGCAAGAACAUUGGAUACAACCAGACCGGAAUGCCCAACUUGGCACGGCAUACCCUGCAAGCUGAUGCCGACGUGACGCUGCAGACCUUCAGUCCGCUCGUACAGUACGGGUGCUCCUCGCAGCUGCAUCUGUUCCUCUGCUCGGUGUACGUGCCGAUGUGCACCGACAAGGUGGCGCUGCCCAUCGGGCCCUGCAGAGGCCUGUGCGAGAGCGUCUACACCCGGUGUUACCCUGUCCUGCACGGCUUCGGAUUCCUGUGGCCUCCAGAGUUGGACUGUUCAUUAUUCCCAGCCGAGAAUAACCACGAACAUAUGUGCAUGGAGGGACCGGGAGAGCGAGCCCAGCCACCCGGCACUGUUCCUUUGGACAUGGCCAACUCUGGCGGCAGAGGAGCGUGUCGAAGACUCAUCAAGCCAAAUAACUGGGUGUGGGUGAGGGGAUCAGCCCGCUGCGCUCAGUUCUGUGAUGCUGAAGUGCUGUGGGACAGCGGGGAGCGGAAAGCUGCAGAGGUGUGGCUGGCUACGUGGGCUGCCCUGAGCUUCGCGUGUACGCUGGCGGCCGUGGGGGCGCAGCUAGCGUGCGGGGAGCGCGGCGGCGCGGGCGAGCGCGCGCUGGUGCUGGUGGCGCUGUGCCGCUGCGCCGCGGCCGCGGGCUGGGGCGUGCGCGCCGCCGCCGGCCGGGCCGCUGCCGGCUGCGCCAAGGACUCCACCUCGCCCACUCGCAUGCUGCUGGCGCACGACGGACUAGCGAACCCUAACUGCGCUGUCGUCUUCCUCCUUCUCUAUUACUUCGGCCUGGCUGCAUCAGUUUGGUGGGUGGUGGUAGCAGGAGCAUGGCGUGCCAGUGUCAUGCGACCCCCAGCACCGGCGGCGGGAGCUCGCAACAACCGCCACUCCUCACUCCUGCAGUUGGCAGCUUGGGGAGUACCAGCGGCUUUAGCGGCAGCUGUGCUCGUGACUAGAGAUGUUGAUGCUGAUGAAUUGACUGGAACAUGCUUCGUGGGUAACCAGUCUAGUAAGUCGUUACUGGCACUGGUCAUAAUUCCCGAAGCUAUCUGCCUGCUCCUCGGCUCCGUGUUCUUGUCAUCUGGCUUCCGUGCUGUUCUCCGGCGUCCUGCACCCGUGCCGGCUCCGUCAGUACUACUGAACUCACCACCUCAACCUCAUCAGGACCAAAGCGUGUUGAGAUUAGGAGCCUUUGCGGCCCUGUACGCUGUCCCUUCAACCUGUAUUCUUGCUACUUGGGUGUACGAGUACGCAUGGAGAGACGACUGGCUCGCUGCUCCUGUGCCUUCAUCGGAACCCUCAACGCACCCGAAACCGGCAUUCUGGGUAUUUCUGUUUCGAAUAUUUGCGACGCAGAUCCUUGGUGUCAUGGUAGCGGUGUGGAUUGCGACGCCAAGUCUAAAGGCUUUAUGGAGGAGGAUUGCUGGGCCGAGGAAGCCGCCGAUGGCGAAGUGUCCUCCGGGUCCGCCGCCCACUCCGCUAACGCUGCACUGCUAUGCGUCACACCCACACACUCUCACGAGACAUCCACACAAGUACGCUACGUACAGGCCUCCACAAACACAUUCAUAUAGAAAGCCAAGGCACUACCAUUACUCAGCCGGGGAAACUAUUCUCUGACCAGCAAAAUGGGCGCAUAAUCAUGUUUUCACUUACUUAAUGUAUGUUCAGACAUGGUUCAAAGACAAUAUUAAGGAGCUGAACCUCCGUGGAUGCAUUUAAAAUUUGUAAAUUGUUGGUGAACUAAUAUUCAAGUGCCAUUCGUUUUACAAUUAAUUGCCAAGGGCCAGAAUGAAAGGCCUCGUAAUAAUUAAGUAUUUAUAAUAAUUGUAAUUAAUAGUAUUUUUGUUAUGAAUGAUGCAUAAUAAUUAAUGAAGAUUUUUUUGUUUCGUGUGUCUAACAUGGCCAGCCUCGCAUUUGUUUUAAUUUAUAAAAUUUGUCUAUUCGUAGCCUGUCAUCAAAAAUGUUUAAUCAAUCUUUAGCGUGCUCAGUUAUUGAUUAUUCAAAACAAAAUAGCAAAUAAUUUGAAGUCCAAUUUUCUGAUAACAAUUCAAAAAUAUCUGGUUUGGUCCGAAAAGAUUGCCUUAGUAGAAAUAAGUUUAAACAUUUGUUUGUAUUGUACAUAAUUUAAAUUACAAAAUGUAUAUAAGUUUAAUGAGUAUUUAGUUACUCCGAAUUGUAAAUAAAAUUAGAAAAGACUAUGACUAAAUUAAGAAUCUAGGUAUUAUUAUCAUACGUCCUCAUUUUAUUUUUAAAUGUAUACGCUUACAGCUACCUGCUAGGUACGCGCUUUUUCCUAAUAUUUCGGAAAAAGCGUCAUCCUUCUGUAUGUUUUUAAUAUUUGCAUUUUUUCUGGCACUCUUCAUUUUGUGAAAGCCAAUGACAAGUAUUUUCAUUUUCAUACACAUUUGUUCUAUCUUGGUCUCUUUGUAACUGCUACAUACCGCAAAAAACUACGACUCCUGACUUUUUGAAGAAAAAAUAUAAAACAAAAUAUUUACUGCGAAAAACCCACCUCCUCAUUGCCAAAAUAUUUUAUAAAUACCUAUAUAAUGUAAAUAAUGACUGAAAAUAUUUGUUUGUGAAUAAUAAAUAAGAUUUAUUUAUAUAAGUUUUUGUAAGUAAUAGGAAAUAGCGGCUAAUGAGUAGAUUUACAAUAAAAUAUUAUA